AUGAUCUUAGGAGAAAAAGGGUUUACAUGGCUUUAUGCAGCGGCUAUUGUUGGCCAGUCAUAUGGAAAGAUGGCAUAUGCAACAUGUCUUGUCCUCCGUCGAUCCAACGGUCAACGGCUCACCAACCUUUUUCCCCUUGAACCGCCGCCGUUGAAUCGCCGAGAUCCAACGGUCAACGGUUCUGCCGGUAGAUUGCGUAGAGAAAAGGAGAGAGGGAAGAUGAAGGUAGCGAAGUCUCGCGUGUGGCAGCCACUGAAGAAGAAGAGGAGUUGA